AUGUCCACCUCUAAAUCAUCCUUCCACCCUGCUUUCGCCGUCUCCAACAUCCGUAAUCACAUUUCUGUGGUUCUUGAAAUGGAGAAUGCACAAUACGGCACAUGGACGGAAUUGUUUAGGAUCCACGCCAUAUCCCAUAGGGUCAUACACCAAAUCAUCGCACCAGAGAAAGGGAAGCAGGCAGCCCCUCCCUCCGAUGACGACAAAGAACUUUGGUCGACCCUUGAUGCGACUGUGCUCCAGUGGAUUUAUUCCACGAUUUCGAAUGACCUCCUUACUACUAUUCUUGAACCUGGAGCAACGACCAUGGAAGCCUGGGAUCAAUUGCGUGAUAUCUUCCAGGACCAUCAAAACUCUCGUGCCGUUAUGCUCAAACAAGAGUUUUCUACAAUUAGGAUGGAAGACUUCCCGAACGCGUCUAUGUAUUGUCAGAGGCUCAAGAGCAUCUCCGAUCAGUUAAAAAAUAUGGGGGCUCCGGUUUCCAAUUCCCGCCUUGUUUGUCAGCUUGUUUCGGGUCUCACCGACGCAUUCAAGGAUGUGGGAACGCAGAUCCGUCACAGCAAACCAUUGCCUCCUUUCACCGAGGCGCGCUCCUCACUCGUUCUAGAGGAACGAGAACAGGCGAUGCAGGCGGCCCACUCUAUUCCUUCGGCGAUGGUGGCUGCCACAAGUGGUGAGGGUUCGACUAAUGUUUUUGAUAAUACUCAUUCGUCUGGUCAUGCUGUGAAUACCAGGGGAAAAAAUAACAACAACAAAGGCCGCAAUUCUGGCCGUCGGAACGGCGCUGGCCGUGGUAACGCUGGCGGCAAAGCAGGCCGUGGCGGCAGCCGUGGUCACAACGGCGGAAAUCACCAGCCACCGCCAGCAGCUAGCCGCACCAACCGUCUCUUCAGCCAUGGCAGCUUCCAAAUUAUGCUUGGGGAUGGAUGCCACAAGGGGCCUCCGGUGGUGAAACCGGCAACUAUCCGCACUAUUCUUAGUCUUUCGUUGUCAAAGCAUUGGCCUAUACAUCAAUUGGAUGUGAAGAAUGCUUUUCUUCACGGUGAGCUCAAGGAAACUGUGUAUAUGUAUCAGCCUAUGGGUUUUCGGGAUCGCACACAUCCUGAUUAUGUUUGGCUAUUACGUAAGUCUCUCUAUGGGCUUAAGCAGGCUCCACGUGCUUGGUAUAGACGUUUUGCAGAUUUUGUGUUUUCCCUUGGCUUCUCUAAUAGCAGACGCUCUCCGUCGUUCCAUCAUGGAUAG